AUGUUUCAGCGUCGCACAGUAGUUGCUGCCAAGCGCUCCGUCGCUCAAUGGAGGAGUCUCGCAACCGCGUCUCCUGUGAGCUCUGGACGAAACCACAAGAUUGUAGUGGUCGGCGGUGGUACUGCUGGUCUGUCCAUCAGCCACCAGCUCCUGCACUCUGGCAAAUUUGCACAAGAUGACAUUGCUGUGAUUGAUCCAGCCGCGUGGCACAACUACCAACCUGGCUGGACGCUGGUCGGCGGUGGCCUCAAGGACAAAGAGGAGCUGCGCAAGCCAUUGAACAGCUUGGUUGAUCCCAAGUUCAAGUUUUAUAACGAGGGUGUUGGCGCCUUUGCCCCCGCUGAAAAUGCGCUCACCCUCGAAAAUGGCGACAAGAUCAACUACGAGCAUCUGGUCGUGGUGCCCGGUAUUAGCAUUAACUAUGGUGCUAUCAAGGGUCUCCCUGAGGCUCUUGCAGACCGGAACUCAACCGUUUCAACGAUCUAUAGCUACGACACAUGCGACAAGGCUUUCCGCACCAUUGAAAACUUCCGCGAAGGCAAUGCCAUUUUCACUCAGCCAGCUGGUGUGGUGAAGUGUGCGGGCGCGCCACAGAAGAUCAUGUGGCUUGCAUUGGACCACUGGAAACGAGCUGGCCUCUACAACCCUACCAAUACCUCUGACUCACCCGUCAAGAUCAGCUUUGCGACCGGUCUACCAGUGAUGUUCGGUGUGCCCAAGUACAGCGCCGUCCUCGAGCAGAUGCGCAAGGAUCGCGGUGUUGAGGGAUUGUUCCAGCACGAUCUCCUUGCCAUUGAUGGCAAGGCUGCCAUUUUCUCCUCUCCCGAUGGAGAGGUCACCAGACAAUUCGACCUGUUGCACGUCUCCCCCAAGAUGGGUGCUCAUGGUUUCGUCAAGAACAGCCCUCUGGCCAACGAGGCCGGAUUCGUCGAUGUGGACGACAACAGCACCCGCCACAAGAAAUUCCCUAACGUUUGGUCUGCUGGUGAUGCUUCCAGUUUGCCCACAUCCAAGACCGCUGCAGCGGUCACUUCCGAGGCACCGGUUCUCGUUCGCAACCUUUUGCAAAGCAUGGAGGGCAAGGAACUGGAUGCUUCUUACGAUGGAUACACCUCGUGCCCGCUCUUGACCGAGUAUGGCAAGGUCCUUCUCGCUGAGUUCAAGUACGGCGGAGUGCCUAAGGAGACCUUUGGAGACUGGUUUGGUAUUGACCAGGCUGAGCCGCGUCGUUCCUUCUGGUACCUCAAGAAGGACUUCUUCCCUUGGGUAUACUUUAACUACAUGAUCAAGGGUAACUGGGGUGGACCCAAGGGCUGGCUAUAG